CACAGCGCAAGUCCAACUUGCUAGCCUGUCAAUCAUCGAAUAUCAUCGGCCGUCCGCGCGUCCAUCAGCUCGGAGAAGACCGUCCAUUAAUCGUGCUACGAAGAUGAGUUCCUCCGACGACCUCGCCAGUGGAAAGAAGACUUCGUGGCCGGAGGUGGUCGGGCUGACCAUCAAGGAGGCCAAGGAGAUCAUCCUCAAGGACAAGCCCGACGCCGACAUCGUUGUGGUGCCGGUCGGCUCCGCCGUGACCGAGGACUUGAGGCCCAACCGUGUCCGCAUCUUCGUGGGCACCGUCGCCCAGACCCCCCACGUUGGAUAGGUGGAUAGCUCUUGCUGGCUUGCUGUGGCCUGCAUACAUAGAUGCUGGCUCACGGAUAAAUGAAUAAUAAGGAGGAAUAAAGAAGUAUGCAAGUCAUGUGUGCUUAAUCGGU